AUGGCGUGGCAAUUACAGCAAACAAUGGGCACCACGAGCACACGCUUCCAGAUGUCGUCGCCGGCAAUGGUCCACUGCUUGGCGGCCGUUCGACGAUCUGCCAACUACGCUCCCAGCUCCUGGGAUUACGACUCCCUCCUCCAACUCUCGCCCAACAAUGGCGGACAAGCAGAUCAAGUCGAUAAGUUGAAGGCCGGUGUGAGGGAGCGGCUGGUGGCGGCGAGCCGAGGCGGCCACCAAACUGCCAUGCUCGGGCUUGUCGACACGGUGCAACGGCUUGGCAUCGCCUACCACUUCGAGGAGGAGAUCGCUGGUAUCCUCAGGUCCGUCCACCAAAAGCCUCACCGGUGCAGCUGGGAUUAUGGUGAUGUUGCUUCCACAGCCUUGAGGUUCAGGUUGCUCAGGGACAGUGGUUUCCCUGUCUUCUUCCCUCCAGAAUCUUUGAAAAAUCUAAAGCACCGGGCAGGCGACGUCAAGGGACUCCUCUCGCUCUACGAGGCUUCAUACCUUGCGUUUGAAGGCGAGGAAUCAUUGGACAAGGCUAGAGCAUUUUCCAAUAAAGCUCUCAGAGAGCACUUGUCAUCCAUGGAUCACCACUUACGCCAAUGUGUGGUCCAUGCUUUGGACCUUCCAUUGCACCGGAGGUCUCCUAGACUAGAAGCAAGAUGGUUCAUAGAUCACUACUCUAGAGAUGAGAGCAAUUCCGACCUGUUGCUCAUUGGAUUUGCAAAGGUGGACUUCAACAAUGUGCAAAGUGUGAACCAGGAAGAACUCGCUAGAUUGGCAAGGUGGUGGAAGGGGACAGCCCUAAGUGAAAAACUGGGGUUCGCACGGGAUCGCCUCAUGGAGUGCUUCCAUUGUGCAAACGGAAUUGUUUGGGGGCCAAACGAUGGAGCAUGUCGGGAAGUGCUUGCUAAAGUUGCUAAUUUAAUAGUUCUCUUAGAUGAUGUUUAUGAUGUGUAUGGAACUCUGGAUGAACUCGCCCUCUUCACCGACGCCAUUGGAAGAUGGGAAGAAAGACCCAGUGAAAUGCUCCCAGAAUACAUGCAAGUACUCUAUUCCGUCAUGUACAACACAUCCGCCGAGGUGGCUGAAAAUGUGUUUAAACAACAUGGUUGUGACGCUCGUUAUUUUCUUCAGAAAGCGUGGCGAGACAUGGCAGAGUCUUUCCUGGUGGAGGCAAAGUGGCACCAUGGAAACCAGAGACCAACACUGCAUGAGUAUCUUGACAAUGGAUCAAUUUCGUCCUCUGCUCCAUUGUUGCUGCAACAUGUGUUUCCCCUGCUCCACGUGGAAGAAAAGCUUACCCCAAUGUCUCUCGCUAAAGUUGGAAGCUACCCUAAAUUAGUUCAGUCUGCGUCCUUAGUUCUUCGCCUCUGCAACGACUCUGCAACCCACUCUGCGGAGCUGGACCGAGGGGAUGCACCAUCAUCAAUAUGUAUUCACAUGUCAGAGAACAGCUCCAAUGAGCAAGAGUCUCGCGAAGCCAUGGAAGAUCUUACCAUGAAAGCUUGGAAGUCGAUUAACGAAGAUGCAUUCAAACACUGCCAAUUUUCUAGAUCUUUUGCCAAGACUUGCGUGAAUUUGGCUCGAAUCUCACAUUGUAUUUACCAAGGUGGGGAUGGUUUCGGUGCGCCGGAUGAUCAGAAGAAAAGGCAAAUCAGAGAGUUGUACUUUGACUCUUUCAUGACUAAGAAACAUUAA